AUGGCUCAAGCUAUCCCAACAUAUAUGAAGAGUAUUUUUAAGGUGCCGGAGGGCCUUAUUGAUGAAAUCUAUUCUCUAUUAUGUAAGUUUUGGUGGGGUUCUAGGGAAGAUAUGAGGAAAUUGCAUUGGAAAAAUUUGGAUAAAUUGUGUUUACCAAAGGCAAAGGGAGGCAUGAUUCGAGAUCUAAAAUGCUUUAACCAUGCCCUCCUUGUAAAGCAACUUUGUCGUUUGCAUACAAAUGAGUCAACCUUACUCCACAAGAUAUUAAAGGCUAAGUACUUCAAGAACUCGUCGGUUACUGAAGCUAAUAGGGGUUUUGACCCUAGUUUUUCUUGGCGGAGCAUGUGGGGUGCCAAGGGUUUGUUGUGUGAUGGUUUGGUGUGGAGAGUAGAGAAUGGCUCAAAUAUUGAUAUAUGGGCUGACACUUGGUUGCUUGUUGAAGGUAAGGUAAGUGAGUCAAUGUAUGAAGAUAGAAGUGGAUGGGAUGCUUCGAUGAUCUCAAGUGUUAUGGGGCCUGAGUGGUGCACUGCUGUUCUUACUAUCCCUCUGCCUACUGUGCCGUGUGCUGACAAGAGAUAUUAG